AUGGACCCCAACACGCCACCACACGCGCUGGCAAGGCAGAUUGCUGCUGCGGGCAGCGACAAUUCCGGGUCGCUCUUCUCGCACAUUGCCGACAAUCCCUUCUUUACCGCCGGCUUCGGCCUCGCAGCGCUUGGGGUUGCGGCGCGGACGGGCCAGAAAGGACUGCAGCAUGGCGCCGCCUUUAUAAAGCGCCGCCUGCUCGUCGACCUCGAAAUCACUCGCCACGAUGACGCCUAUCCGUGGGUGCUCCAAUGGAUGACCAACUACCACCGCGCACAACAGGCCGGCACCAGGCCGCUUGCCCGCAAUACGGUGCUCACCAGAGCGCUCAAUCGCAUCGACCCGCGCAUGCAUCACCUGCAGGUGCAGACGUAUACGCCGCCCGACGGGCCUUCGCACGCUGCGCACUUUUCUUUUGUGCCUGGGCCGGGCAAGCACUUUCUGCGGUACAAGAAUGCAUUCAUCCUGGUGGACCGGCAGCGGGAGCGAAACAGCCUAAACGUCAAGGACGGCGUGCCGUUUGAGACGAUCAGCCUCACGACGCUGUACGCGCACCGCGACAUGUUCGAGGACAUUUUUGCCGAGGCGCACCAGAUCUACCAGCAGUCGCAGGAGGGCAAGACGGUCAUGUACAACUCGAUGGGCACCAUGUGGCAGCCGUUUGGCGACGCCAAGCGGAAGCGGCCGCUCGACUCGGUGGUGCUGGAGCGCGGGGUCAAGGAGAGAAUUGUCGAGGACAUGGAGGCGUUUAUUGCAUCACGCAAGUGGUACCUGGACCGGGGCAUACCGUACCGGCGAGGCUAUCUGCUGUACGGGCCUCCGGGGACGGGCAAGAGCUCGUUUAUCCAGGCGGUUGCGGGGCACCUCGACUUCAACAUUGCCAUACUCAACGUCAGCGAGCGGGGCCUGACGGACGACCGGCUCAACCACCUGCUGACCAAGGUGCCGCGGCGGACGGUGGUGCUGCUCGAGGACGUGGACGUUGCGUUUAUGAACCGGAAAACGCCGGGGGCGGAUGGGUACGCCAGCGCGUCAGUGACAUUCUCGGGGCUGCUCAACGCUCUCGACGGCGUGGCUAGUGCCGAGGAGCGCAUCAUCUUCCUGACGACCAACCACGUGGAGCGGCUCGACGAAGCGCUGGUGCGGCCGGGGCGGGUGGACAUGACUGUUCGACUGGGCGAGGCGACGCAAUACCAGAUGGAGCAGCUGUGGGAUCGGUUCUAUGCCGAGUUUGAUGCGAGCGGGGCAGCAAAGCAGAGGUUCAUGGCCAAGGCGAGGGAGCUGGGCCUCGUCGACGCGGUGAGCACGGCAGCGCUGCAAGGAUUGUUUCUGUAUAACAAGGACGACCCCGAGGGCGCCAUUGCGAUGGCUGAGGGCCUCACCGCCGCGCCCAAGGCCAGCAGCCAGCACGUGGGGGUGCCUGGCCAUGUACAUGUGAAGGAGAUUACGUCACGCUGAGGCGCCCGUGUGCCAAGGCGUGUAGCAGGUGUGUAGGCAAGUUGCGCUUGUUUGAUGUGACGUGCAGAGUCGCAGCACCCGUGCCGGUGCAGGUACGUGGGAGCAUGGGAGCAUACCCUGAAUGACCUGCAGACUGCAGCGCGCAGAGCGCAGAGUGCAGAGCGCGGCGGCGGGCGCGGCAGUGGUUUUAAUGGCAGC